AUGCUUCCAAAGAACUUAGUUGCGCUUUACGUUUGGUUCAAGCAAGAUUUAAUAGACUUUUGUUCAGAUUUAUUUACAAGUAUCUUGGAAUAUCUUAAAGACACAGUGGAGCAUUUAAUAUUAGCAAGUUUAUUUUACAUAGUAACAUGUAUAUUUUUAUAUAUGUGUAUAAAAGCCUGGGGUAUUGUGAAUUUCAAUCGAGAACCAAAGAAUUCAAAAAGAAUUUUAUUUGUGAUCGCCCACCCUGAUGAUGAAUGCAUGUUUUUUGGGCCCACCAUUCUUAAUUUUACCAGAAAAAAAGACUGCCUGGUGUAUAUAUUGUGCUUAUCUACUGGUAGAAACUAUGGGAUGGGUUUAAUAAGGAAACAAGAACUAUAUAAUUCUUGUUAUGAAUUAGGGAUUCCUUCUGAGAAUAUAUUUAUUCAUAAUCAUACUCUUCUUCCUGAUGCAAUGGAUGUGCGAUGGCCAACAGAUGUGAUAUCAGAUAUUGUCUUAAAUUAUGUAGAGACUCUUAAUAUUACAACACUUGUAACAUUUGAUAGAUAUGGAGUAUCUCUUCAUAACAAUCACUGUAGCAUAUACUAUGCAAUAGCUAACCUUAUCCUAGAUAACAAGUUACCUAGAGGUUGUGGAGUCUAUGUACUUGAUACUACAAAUAUUAUUAGGAAAUACUGGUUGUUAAUGGAUAUACCCAUAUCUUUUAUAUUUUCCAGAUUUAGAUUUAUGUGUAGCCUAAAAGACAGGUCUCUAAUACACAAAGCAAUGAAAAAGCAUGUGUCCCAAUUAAAAUGGUUUAGACGCUUGUAUAUGUAUUUCAGCAGAUACAUGAUAAUAAAUACUUUGCAGCAAAUGAAUUUGGUGGAUAUAGAGUUAGAUUUAGAUCUUGAAGAUUGA